AAAAUAGAAUGUUUUGUGGUUUCUAUCAAUCAUUUCUGUGAUGAUCUUCAAGAGGAAAAUUCUAAAUUUUGGCUUAAAUUGAUCUCAAAUCUUAGGACCUUGAUCAUAGAAAAUAUUAAUUCACUAGAAUCCUUCGUCAGAAGAGGAAUGACAAUAGUGAGUCAACACCCAUCAUCAGUUGAAGAUUAUGUUGAUACUUACUUCCAGUUUCAACAAUUACUUAUUGAAAAUGAAGAGAUUACUGCAUUAAUACAAAAAACUGAUGACUACCAUAGUAUUUUGAAAAGAUGGGCUGGUGAAAUGUUGCCUCAGGUUGAAAGUAUUAAUAAUCUUUGGUUAAACUACCAAUCAGCACUAUCUCAUUUCAACAAUGUAUUCGGUAAAAAGGUAACUUCAUGA